AAUAGUUAAAAUGCGUAGCUUUACAGCCCCUAAACAUGUUUUUAAUUUUCUAGAGCAAAUAACUUGCUUUGAAAUGUGUUCCAGUCAAUUUGCCACUUCGCUUCUGUGCAUUGCAGCACAUGAAAAGCUUAUAUUAGGCUUUGUGCGCUUCCCGGAAGAAACGGAAAGUGAAUCAUUUUUUUGGGAGAAAGUAAAAGAUAUUUACCAUGAAACCCGUUGCCAUGCUUUGUGUUUUACCCCCGAUACAUCACUUAUGAUUAUACCAAAAAAUGUAACAUUCUGUGCAGCAGGCUCAGAUUUCUUGCUUCGAAUAUUUCGUACAGAUCUUCAAAAUUCAGACACAGUACAAACAUUAAAAGGUCAUACCAACUAUGUUAACGAGAUUAGCUGGAGUAAUGAAUGCGAAUUUUUGGCAUCAGUAAGUGAUGACAAUUCGUGCAAAAUCUGGUGUUCUGAAUCAAACUAUGAUAACAUCAUUACAUUUUGUUUGUCAUCGGCUGGUAUGUCGGUAAAGUGGCAUCCCGACGACCCAAAUAAGGUGAUGGUAGCCGAAAAAAAGGGUGUCAUACAUAUGUACAAUGUACGUUCACAGCAGUCUGUCAUAUCUGUUGAAUGUCCAAAAAUUCCAUUAUUGACUGCUGAUUGGGCUCUAAAUAAUUAUCACAUUAUUACUGCCUUAUCUGGAGGUGAAAUUGUAACGUUCGACAUGUCGCGGAGACCUUGGUCGCCAACAAACGUGAAACCGGUACAUGAGGAUGGGGGGCGAUGUUUGCGUAUUUCUCCUAGUUCUGAGAAUGUAACGGCCAGUAUCGGCAGACCAGACAUAACACUUAAAAUCUUCACUGCUAAUUCCACAGUGCCGUUGAUCGAGGCUCCUUUAAAAUCAUGCGCUGGUUUGUCUUGGCAUCAACGCUUGCCUUAUGUAGCAGCUGCUUGUGAUCGAAAACUAUGUUUUUGGAAAGUUCAAACAAAAUAGUUAUGCUCUUC